AUGGUACCUCAUUUAAUGACUGCUGAGGAGCUUUGUGCAGAGAUUUCAUCAUUUAAAAAACCAUCAACAAAAAUAUCAGUCCGUCAAAAUCUGCAUGAUCCUAUUAGACUGACCAAUAACAUAUAUUACUGUUUAUGCAUUAUCAGCUAUUCUACCAGAUCAAAUGCUAAACCUAUUGAACUAUACUUUGAUGGUGCUUUUCGUGAUCGGUCUUGGAUUGGAGAAACUUAUAAUAAUCAUCCAUCAGUUUAUAAUGAUCUUGGUAUUAUAAUGAUUGGUUUAUCUAACAAUGACCAACCUUUAAUUAAUGGAACUGAUGUUUUUCAUCAUAUUAAAAGGUAUGACUCACUUUUAAAGUUUUUCCAUUUUUCAACAAUUCGUAAAUUACAAAAAAUAAAUAAAUUAAUACAAGUCGAAAUAUGCAUAUUGGGGUACACGGAUAUUGAUGAAGACAAUAUAAAUGAUGAUAAUAUUGAUGAUAAUUCAUAUGCUCAAAUUAACCAGAUGCUACUGCAGCAUCAGCAUCGUAUCACAGUAGCAAAAUUAUCUUGA